AUUUGAUUCGAUUAUGCUGUUCUGGCUGCGACAACCAGUUUAGCCAGUUCUUGACAAAAAAGAAAAAGAAAAAAAAGAAACGGUGUCUUUUCUCCACUCCGCUGCCGGCUUUAAGGUUCAUCUGCGACCAUAUCCAACCACAUUCACAGUAACGACAGUUUGUCACCUGUAGACGACGAUGAAUCCUGAAUAUGACUAUUUAUUCAAACUGCUCCUGAUCGGUGAUUCUGGUGUCGGAAAGUCUUGUCUCCUCCUCCGGUUUGCAGAUGACACGUACACAGAGAGCUACAUUAGUACCAUCGGUGUGGACUUCAAGAUCAGGACCAUCGAGCUGGACGGAAAGACCAUAAAGCUUCAGAUUUGGGACACGGCCGGUCAGGAACGGUUCCGCACCAUCACGUCCAGUUACUACAGAGGAGCUCACGGAAUUAUAGUAGUUUACGAUGUGACGGAUCAGGAGUCCUUCAAUAACGUCAAACAGUGGCUACAGGAGAUCGACCGCUACGCCAGCGAGAACGUCAACAAGCUGCUAGUAGGCAACAAGUGUGACCUCACAACGAAGAAGGUGGUGGACUACACCACGGCUAAGGAGUUUGCCGACAACUUGGGAAUCCCCUUCCUGGAGACAAGCGCCAAGAGCGCCACCAAUGUGGAGCAAGCCUUCAUGACAAUGGCGGCCGAGAUCAAGAAGAGGAUGGGCCCCGGGGCCACGGCUGGCUCCUCGGAGAAGUCCAACGUCAAGAUCCAGAGCAAGCCAGUCAACACCUCGUCCGGAGGCUGCUGCUGAGACCCCGAGACCAGCCACGACCUGACUCCACCCCGAGCCCACGACCAGUCUCAACGUUACCAUGCUCCACAGGGAAAGAGAACCAGAGAGAGAGAGGGAGGGAAAGAAAGACAGGAGGAGGACUCUGAGUGGACCGGUUUGUAAGUGUGUGUGCAGCUACAACACCAGACCCCCCCACCCCCCCACCCCCCAACCUUUCAAAGUCAGCAAUAGGACGGUAAGCCCAUACAUCCCCACAGAACACACUGGGCGCUUUUUUUUUUCUUUUUCUUACUUUACCAAAACACACUCAUACUGGAAACAACAACAGCAACAUGUAUACAAUUUUUAACAGUGUGUGAAGUUAAUAACCAAUGAGAGACAACACAUGUAAACAGCUUUUCUUCUUAUUUUUGUUUUGUUUUGUUUGCCCUUUGUUCAAUGAGUCACUUUUCUUAAAAAAACAACAACAAAAAUAACAAAAUGUAAACACGCAGUUGUCUUUAUCUAGCUGUGGAUAAAACAGCAUGACUUUUUUUGGCCCCGAAUCUCCUUUAAAAAUAAUCGGUAAGCACUUCAAAUGAAGCACAUGCUUAAUCCAGCAUCAUGCAUGUUCAGAGCAGAUCACAUGCUCCCUCAGCUGCAUGUGAGCAGUCAUGAUGCAGUCCUGAGCGGCUUCCUGCUCCAACUCCACACAGGAAACGCUCCAACGACCCUUAAAACAGAACGAUGUGCCAGUGCCUUUGUGGCAGGAGAUUUCCAUGACAUUUAUGCCUUCGGUGCUCUUGUGUUGUCGGCGUGUUCCCCUCAUAUGUCGUGACUUCUUACCUAGAGAAUCCACUCUGUACGAUAGCAGUUAACAUUCCUGUAUAUAUCUAUAUUCGGCUCUGUGUGUGCUCUGCUGGUGUUCAUGAUACAAUAAGCAUGUGCUACAUUGGGAGACGUGACGUCAGCCGUGUGUUUUUUCUCUGCUAAUGUUCCUCGACCAACAGCACAAAACAACAACAGGAGAAACUGAAAAACCACCAUCCCAGCUCGAGAAUAAUCUAUAAACUGUAUAUAUUUAUACAUAAAUGUAAGAAGUGAUUUGCAAAUUGUGUAGAGAAGCAAGUGAAGCGAAUGACAUGAUUAAUAGCUGGAAUUAGUAAUCUCGGCACGUGAUUUGUGGCUGCAGACAUGACAUUUUUGUGGCACAAUGUCUACUAUUAAAACAAUGAAGGAGAUCUUUGAUAA